AUUAAUAAUGAGUGUUAAAAAAGAUAUUGAAGUAUCGAAAGGAACUGCAAGGACUCUUUCUGAGUAUAGCCCACAAGUGAAGUUCCAAAAGUUUGAAGAUUCUAACGAGGCUGGGACUAUUAAAGAACUGACUAAAGAGAGCGAGGAGAAGAACAAUACCUGGAAGAAAAUAAUGUUAGGUUAUUCUCUAAUGUUUAUUUCUAUGUUUGGAAUUGCAAUUAUCCAUAUUUGAGAGAAGAUGGCCUUCUUUCAUAAUCCUAAUCUUGGCAUCAUGGAUGGAGUCCUAAUUCUAGGACUGACUACUCUCCCAAUAGGGUUCAUUGGCAACAAAAUUAAAGGGAACACGGUUAGUAUUUUUAAGUAUGACUGGAAAGUCCAAAUUUUAAUGAUGAUAGCAACUAUUUGCUCUUGAUGUGGACACUUUGUGGUGAUGUGGUCACUAAGUUUGAUCUCUGUAGGCAAGGCAACUCUUGUGUUUAAUUUACAUCCUUUGUUCUGCAUCUUCAUCGCGUACAUCUUCCUGAGAGAGAAAGUUGACUUUCUGUCAAUACUAUUUUCACUCUUAGCUUUAUUUGGGAUAUACUUCUUGACGAUUAAUGAGACUGGUCAUGAUGGAAAACCUAAUUCUAAUGCAACAUUUGGGCUCAUGCUGGUCUUUAUAAGUGCAUGGAAUGAAGCUGGCAUUAUUAUAUCACAAAGAGUCCUUGCUUUAUAUGGAGUAGACGCUAUUCUUUACCCAUUUUACUCAUCUCUUGGAUUGACUCUUUUUGGUUUUGGGGGAUAUAUCUUUUAUCCUCAGAAGAUGCUAUUUCCUUACUAUUCUUUAUACGACUUAGCCUUCCUCAGUAUGGUAGGAAUAGGGCUCAUAGCUAACCAAUCAUUCGCUGGCUGUGCUCUAGAAUAUCAAAGUUCGUCCAGACUUGCUCCAUUGAACUACCUCGAAAAUGUGUUCACUUUACUCUCAGAUGUAUUUAUAUUCGGCUAUAUGUUCUUCUAUACAGACUAUAUUGGAAUUAGUAUCAUUACAAUAUGUCUGUGCACCCCUGCCCUUGUGAAGUUAUUUUCUAAAGACUCUUAGUUCAAUCUAUCUUAACC